AUGGAGGGAUCUAUGGCCGGCGCGGUGUCUAGCACACCAUCAGUGGCUGCCGCAUCUGCGGCGAUCGUGAGAGACAGAGAUUUACCACCAACGUUUGAUGGAGGUGACCCACUCAUGUUCAAGAGGUAUCAGAAGGAUCUAGAGUUGUGGCAGUUUGAGACAGAGCUGCCCAAAAGCAAGCACGGAGUUAAGAUGCUGAGGCAGUUGACGGGCACGGCACGUGCAGUUGCCGACGAGCUCAGUGUGCCGGACAUCACUGCCGAGGAUGGUGCCAGCAGAAUCAUGGCUAGGCUCAAAGAACACUUUGCGCCUUACCUGGAAUCUGCUCUUCCCAGAGCCUUCGAACGAGCCAUCUAUGCAGAGCAUAGAAAGGGCAAAGAGAGCAUCCAAGACUAUGUCAUACGCAUGGACGCUGCCUUCAAAGAGCUGGAGGAAGAGGGCGUCAAAAUGAAUGACACGGUGAAAGGCUAUGUGGUCUUCAGGCAUGCUAGCUUGACACAAGUCCAGGAAGACCAGGUCACGACCUGGACAGCAGGGUCGUACGAGCGAGAGAAAGUGAUCAAGGCGUUGCGCAAGCUGGAGAAAGUCACCAGAGAUCAGAAGUCGAAGAGCUACAUCACUGAAGAGGGCGGUGGUGAGGCCUAUGAGACCGACGAGGCCUUCGGAAGCUUUGAAGAGGAGGACCCCGAUUAUGUUUGGAUCGGGGAUGGUGAUUUGAAUGAGAUAUAUGAUGAAGAAGACUUGCAACAUGCGUUGGCAACAUACCAGGAAGUCAGAAAGGCGAUCAGGGAUCAGAGGACAAACCGACAGUCCUGGGGAAAGGGCAAGGGCAAGGACACCAGAAGGUUUCCAGGACCUUUCAAGAAUCGCUCAGAUGCAGGGGCGAGGAGAAUACAUGUAGACAUGUUGAAGUUGCGCACCAAAUGUGCGCGCUGUGGCCAAGUAGGUCACUGGGCCAAGGAGUGUCAGGGUCAGCCAGACACAUACGCAAAGAACAGAGCAGCCAGCUCAGGAGCAAGCACCAUGUCUGGCAAGUCCGGAUUUUUCAGUGCGAGCGUGGAAAAGGGAGCGUCAGUGCUUUGGGAAGGGCAUGGCAAUGCAGUCAUCACCUUAGGGCGUUUUCUGAGGAAAGCAGAGAAGGUGGUAGAGGUUCAGGAGAAACAGUUUUGUGGCAUUGCAACUCAACCAGAGCUAGGAGUGGUAGACACGGCAGCACAGUCAGGGCUCAUAGGACAUGCCACCACGUCAGUUAUGGACUUUGGUUCACAAGGUUGGAGUCUUCCAGAUGAGGCCAAAGCAGCAGGCCUCAAAGACCAUGAGUUUCGAGAAUGCGAUGAUCCUCAUGCAGCCAUGAUCGGGAUCAAGUCCAACAACGACGAGGCAAUGAUGCACUCAGACCCAGAACGAGCGCUUCUCAACUGGAAGCUGGUGGGAAGCAAAAUGGUCAAGCAAAUGCACAGACAAGAAGAUCAAGCAGGAGAGGAGGCAGUCUGGCAGCAAGGUGGAUAUGCUGCUGGAUCAUGGCAGUCACCAUUCCCAGAAGCGGAGGAACGUCCAUUCAUGGAGCAAUUCCACUACAUGAGCUCACAAGUGCCUAUGGACAAGCACGACAAGUACGCUGCUCAGAUACAGAACGGCCUGUUCCUUGGCCUGCGCAAAUGUGCCAAGAAACCCACGGCCGAUGCGGAGAGAUGCACACACCCGAAGAUGUCUCUGGCAGGUGCAGGGAAUGGAGUUCAGAAGGAGGUGUGGUGUCAAGAGUGCCACGCAAGAUGGAAAGUGGCAUCCACGGUGCCGAAGAGCAUCAAACACAAGGAGAAGCAAGCACCAUGCACACCGCCACGGAGCCUAAGCCAAGCAACAAACAUCAGCAGCCCAUGCCCCAUGACGCCAUCAUCAGACAUGAUGGCCAACAUCCCAGAGGAGAUCAGAUGCCACCGUCAACUUCCAGCCAGCAGGCUGACGGUGAAGAAGGAGGGCCCCACCAGGGGCAGACACUUUUACAAGUGCCCACGACAGGUGUGCAGCCUGUUUAUGUGGGAUCCACUCGAGGUGAGCAUCUUGAGGAGCCAGAUGCCACCCAUGCCAAAGCAACACACACAGGAGCAAGCCAGAGGAUCGCAGGAAGCAGCACAGGAAGUGAGGAGGCUGCGAGAGGAGCUGAAGGCCAAGGAAACACAAGUGCAACAUAUGCAACAGGAAGUGCAAGCAACACAGGAGAUGGCAAAGGAAGUGAGCACAGAAGCGAUCACACAACACCAGGAGGCAAUGAUGAGGCAGCAACAGCUUCAUCAUACACAGAUUCAACACAUGCAAGAGCAAGUGCUGUGGAUGACCGCAGUAGCAGGAGAGGAGAGGAUGGACAAGGCCUUCAACGACACAGCAUUUCAGCAGCAGAUAGCAGAGCAAACAGCGGAACUCCGCAAGGAGAUAUAUGUGGAAGUGAUGAAAGAACUUCCAGAAGAAGACUAUCUGGAUGAAGUAGACGGCGUGCUCAAGAAAGGGUGCCGGAAGCGCCUUGUCAGGGCUAUGCAAUCGCCUAAAUUUGCAGAGGUGUACUCAGAGCCAAGAGUGACGGCAGAAGCCCACAAGCAAGGACACAGCACAGGUGGAGCAUACGAUAUCAAGACAGGCUAUGACUUCAACCAGCGAAGCGACCGGGAGAGGUGCUUCAGGAAGUUGGAGGAGGAAGACCCCGACGUGCUGGUGCUGAGCCCACCAUGUGGCCCAUUCUCAAUCCUGCAGGAGCUCAACAUAGGGCGCAUGGGCAAGAGUCGGGCAGUUUUGAUGAUACAAGAAGGCCUGGUACACCUAGAGUUUGCAGCCAGACUGUACGAAUGGCAGGUAAGAAGGGGCAAGAUAGCCAUAUUCGAACACCCAAAGAUGGCCAGAAGCUGGAAGGAGCCGGCUCUCACAAGAUGUAUGAGUCUUCCAGGAGUGGAGACGGUCGAGGCUGACCAAUCUGAAUUUGGCCUAAGGGUGAAGGAAGGCGAAGCUCUGAACAAAAAGCCUACGCGAUUCAUGGUCAACAGUGAAGCCAUUCGCAAAAGGCUGGCAAGAAAAUGCCGAGGAGACCAUGAACACCAAAGCCUAAUGGAAGGAAGAGCCAAGCUGGCCGAGAGGUAUCCUCCAAGGCUGUGCAAAGCAAUGAUACAAGGAGCAAGAGAACACAUGGAGCAAACACAGCAAAGCAUUAUGGUGUUCAUGGAGGAAGACGAUGAUGAAGGAGACCUGGAGGAUGCACUAGACGAAGAAGUUGAAGCAGCCGGCGGCGAUGGAGUGCGUCGGAUGAUAGCAUCACCAGCAGAAGAGGAGGUGGAGCGCGGCUCAGAUGAGAACGAGGAGGAGGUUCCAUGCGCUCUAUCUCCCAAAGAAAAGAAGAUGGUGGAGAAGCUCCACAAGAACAUGGGACAUCCAUCCACUGAAGCGUUUGCCAGGGCAUUGAGGAUGGCCCGAGCUCGCCACGAAGUUGUAAGAUAUGUGAAGAAGGAGUUCACAUGCGAGCUAUGCAAAGAGCACCAAAAACCCAAGCCAGCAAGACCCACAAGCAUUCCCAAGGCAUACGAAGCAAACCAAACCAUCGGCGUAGACAUCGUCUACAUGCCGUGGACAGACCCCACACAACAGGUUCCAGUGCUGAACAUAGUCGACUGGGGAACUUGCUUCCAAGUUCUAGAACCAGUGCAAGGACUCACAGCAGAAAAAGCCUGGACAGCAUUCAUGAGGGGAUGGGUGCGGAUUUUUGGAAUGCCCAAAAUCCUGGUGGUGGAUCAAGGAAGGGAAUUUUUGGGAGAGUUCGCCAGAAAGGGCGGUGAGCACGGAGCCCUCAUCAGGACAAUAGGAGCCCGCGCUCCUUGGCAGAAUGGAAGGACAGAGCGGCAUGGAGGAGUGGCGAAAGCAAUGUUGAGGAAGAUGAUCGAUGAAACAGUGCCGAUCUCAGAAGAUGAAUGGAUGCAAUGCCUUCAUCAUCUAGAAGCCACCAAGAAUAGGAUGUUCAAUAGGUCAGGAUACUCACCAGCACAAAGACAACUGGGACAGAAUGUGAGGAUCCCAGGAAGUCUCAUGUCUGACGACGACAUCGAUGAAGCGAUGUUUAGAAGCGCCGCCUCAAAAGACAUGCAACGAAGCAUGGAGAUCCGAGAAAAAGCAAUGGAAGCAUUUGCACGGUACAGCGCUGAAGAGAGCGUGAAGAAAGCAUCAAGGGCAAGAGGAAGGGCAACUUGCACCUUACUUCCAGGAGAAGUAGUCUAUGUGUACCGCAAGCCAUUGCCAAGAAGAAGUGACGCCAGGGUGAGCACCCGAGCCCAUGUGGUGCGGUCCUGGGACGGUCAUCAUGACGGAAGGAAGAAACGCCUGGAUCUCGAUGAGGGGCGAACUAUGGAAAUGCGCCCUGGAGCAGGUAAGAAGAGCAACCUCAGAGGCGAGGAGUUAUCACCCACCAACACGCAACAUCAGGAAAGGAGCCCAGCAGCUGCAGGGGUUCCAAUGCCCACUGAAAUGUUGGAUGCCGCUACAAGAGCAGUUAUCAACAAUGAACAGCUGGAUGGCACUAUCAGCAGAACACAAGGCCCAGCAAGCUUUGAGCCCACCAGAAGGAGGCUGGAGAGGAUGAGGUAUCAGCCAUACAACACAACACUCGCCACGCAGCAAGAGCAGGAACAGGAAGAAUGGUGGGAUAGAUCAAGGAUGUGCUGGAGUAGAACUAGAGAGGAGUUCUACCUGAAGACGGCCCUCGAGAGUGAGGAGCCAGAAGAAGACCAAGAAGAAGACUGCCAGGAUGAAUGGGAGGUGAAGUCUGAAGAAGGUGUCCAGCGACAAUGGACAGGCUUCACGGAGUUCAAGCUCAAGAAGAAAGCCACCAUCGAAGACAUGAAGGAUCGUUCGAAGAUGGAAGCCGUCGGAACAACCUGGAACAGCUCCAAGCAGAAAGAGCAGAUGGUGCAUCAGAGGAAAUCUUUGAAGAAGGUGCUGAUAGACUUAGGAUAUCAGCAAUCAGAGAUGGAUCCAUGCACAUUCAAAUACUUUGCAACUGGAAGCUCUGGCGCUGAGGAGCUAUGUGGAAUCGUUGUCGUCGAAGUAGACGAUUUGCUAUGCUUUGGAAAUGAACAACAUGAUGGUAAACUCAAAGAGCUGCAGCAGAGAUUCCACUUUGGAAAAUUCGUUCAGCUGGCAGAAGAAGCUGAAGGAGCAUCUUUCAACGGUCGCCGAAUCAAAUGUCUCCCAGGAGGAGGCUACGAGAUCGACAUGACCAAGUUUGUGACAGAAAGAUUGCAAGAAGUGGAGUUAGAAAAGGGAAGAUGCAAAGACAAGGAAGCAGCAGCAACAGACAAGGAGAUAGCAGAUACCAGAGCAGCAGUGGGUGCACUAACCUGGGCAGCAAAAGAGGGAAGGCCAGAUUGCGCAGCGGGCGCAUCACUGCUCGCGGGCAGUCUCAAUAGGCUGAAGAUUCAGGACAUAGUCGAUCUGAACAAGAUCAUCAAAGAGACAAAGGCAAAUUCAGGAAUGUCACUGAAGAUCCAGCCCAUUCCAGAAGAAGAGAUGUGCUUUGGCGUCAUCACCGACGCAGCGUUUGCGAAUGCAGGCAAUGGAAGCUCUCAAGGUGGUUUUGGAAUUCUGUGCUAUGAAAAGAAGCUGGCAGCUACAGGUAGGGCGAGAGGAAAUUUGCUUUACUGGAGAUCAGGCAAAAUACAUCGAGUAGUCAGUUCGACAUUAGCUGCAGAAACCCAAAGUCUGGCAAAGGGUCUUCAAGAGUUGUCUUGGAGUAUCACUGUAUACAACGAAAUCAGUGAUCCGAAGUUUGAUUUGAAAACAUGGGAACGCAACGCCAAACAGAGACGCUUGGAAGCCAUCACCAAAGAGGACAUUCACCCCAGCCUGAAACAGGGACUGUGUUUGGUGGACGCUAAGUCUUUGUACGACCAUUUAGCAAAGAGCACAGUAGGCACCACGGAUGACCGAAGAACGGCCAUCGAAAUGCAGGUAAUUAGACAAUCUCUUGCAGAGACAUCAACUGAAAUUCGUUGGGUCAGGCACGAGCAAAUGUUGGUUGAUUGUCUAACGAAACGUUUUGGAAACCGCUUGCCAUUGUACAAAUUUUUGGAAAGCGGAGAGCUCAAUUUCCAAGACUGCAGUCAACAUAAAGUAGUGGGAAUCUGUGAACAUGUUGAGCAUUCACUUUCUCUUGACUGCAGUUCAUGA